AUCCGCGACGCCGGAUUGACCAUCUAUCGAGAUAGGAAGUCGUAGGCAGUCAAUGUUGACUGUACCUUCCUCGAGGUACUGGUUAGGGCUCGAAUCGCCGGUCGUCCCUAUCCACGAGUGUGUUUCUAUCGGAUAAUGUUUUUCCCAAUCGGACGAGUUUGAUGCCAAUCGAUGGAAUACAUGAGCGUCGUCAGCAGCGGAACGGUGUCUUCGAAACAUCACCCAUCAACAACGCGUCGAUACCACCUCUGUCGUCGCCCGUCGCCUGUUUUCGUCUGUCGUCGUCAUCAGUGUUAUCGCAAUCCUCGACUGAAUGUUUCAAAGCUCUCGAAGUUGCAUUGCCAUCUUGCCUAUUUCAUCGAAGGACACUCCGACCAGGACGGAAAAGGGCAGGGCAAGGGCAGGGCAGUUGGGAACAAGCUUCCUUGAGGUGCACGCAACCCCUUCGACUUUCUCAAUGCAUCGGGAUAGAAAUGAAGCCCAAUCCCGAGAAACCGAAGAGCCGCAUUUCAUAUAAAACAGACAUGAACCCGGAAGAGGUUGACAACAUGGAAGUGUUUUCCGGGUUACACCUGGACGAUAUGCCAGGUGAACUCUGCCGGUGGUUGACCUCCAUGCCAAGCCCCUGGGGCUGCAUUGACUGGAUCCGACAGGGCCUCACAGCGCCGCUGCGUGGUGUUUCAGGGGUUGGCCGACAGGGGUCCAGGGGCUGGCCUCCAGACGUCCACAGCGCAUUAUUCCCCACACACUCGACACAUCACCAGGGGUCACCACUUGGCGAACUACCACUCUCCCAGUCCUCACCAGAACACCACACGAGAUGUGAAACUCGAAGAUUUUCGUCGUGGUGUGGCUUAUUCCGGAUCCAUGGGAUGGAUGCCCAUGGACUGCUGGAUUCGGUUGCAGUCUGGAUUUGGGAGUGUCCAAUGCGUGUCCCGCUACCUCCCCUUCGGAACCGAGAAAAGCUUGGAAUUUCUUCCCUCUUUUCCUUUUUUAUACCACCAUCUGUUUGUUUACUGCGAACAGCAGAACAAGGUUGAUAUUCGACCUUUUUUCUACAUUCUUUCUUUUUUUUUUCUUUUUACAGCCCGGUGCUGGACAUUCUUUCCUUUGCUACCCUUCAUCACAGC